GUGCUUGUUCUUACGUUUUUAUGCUACAUGGGGUAUCAUGCGGCGAGAAAGCCACCCAGCAUUGUGAAAAGUGUGUUGCGGGGAAGCGUGGUGAACUCGCACUCGGGGCGACUUCUCCUGUCCGACGGUGGACUUGCAAUAGCGGCGUCAGACCCGACCACGUUAAACGGCUGGGCUCCCUUCAACAGCGACAAUGGCCAGACGCUUCUGGGACAAAUUGACCUGGCCUUCCUCGGUACAUAUGCGAUUGGCAUGUUCUUUGCGGGCCACCUGGGUGAUCGCGUGGACUUGCGGGGGUUCCUCACGGCAGGCAUGGUACUCAGCGGCAUCUUCACUUCACUCUUCGGCAUGGGUUAUUUUUGGGAUAUGCACAUCUUUUCGUACUAUGUGUUGGUCAGCAUCAUGGCGGGCCUUUUCCAGUCCACCGGCUGGCCCAGCGUCGUGUCCAUCGUAGCGAACUGGAGCGGGAAGGGCAAGCGCGGCCUCAUCAUGGGCAUCUGGAACGCACACACCAGCGUGGGCAACAUUCUCGGCACCGUGAUUGCUGCUGCCAUGCUGUCGCGGGGGUGGGGCUACUCAUUCGUGGUCCCCGGCUUCCUCAUGAUUGCGCUGGGCCUGCUCAUAUACGCUGGUCUGGUGGUCCAGCCCUCUGACGUGGGUCAGUCCAACCCCGAUGACAAGCCGGCUACUGGCGGCGGCCGCCACGACAAUGAGGAGGUGUUGCCGCUCAAGGAGGGCGGCAAGGAGGCGCCUAGCAAGGAGAAGAGCAUCCACUUUAUGGACGCCUGGAGGAUUCCCGGUGUGACCGCGUUUGCGUUUUGCCUGUUUUUCUCCAAGCUCAUCGCCUACACGUUCCUGUACUGGCUGCCCUACUACAUUAAGUCGACGCCCAUUGAGGGUCGCAUGCUGAGCGCCAAGGAGGCGGGAGACCUGUCGGUGCUGUUUGACGUCGGCGGCGUGGCAGGAGGUGUUUUGGCGGGCCACUUGUCGGACAAGUCAGGUGCCUCAGCCGUGGUGGCCACCUCGUUCACGCUGCUGUCAGUGCCGUUCCUAUACCUCUACCGCACUGCCGGCCAUACCUCGUUCGCGCUCAACGUUGCGCUCAUGAUGGCCAGCGGCUUUUUUGUCAACGGCCCUUACGCCCUCAUAACCACAGCCGUGAGCGCGGACUUGGGCACCCAUGACUCGCUACAGGGCAACGCCAAGGCGCUUGCCACUGUGUCGGCCAUUAUUGACGGCAUGGGCUCCAUCGGUGCAGCAUUGGGCCCCAUGCUGACGGGCUUCAUCUCAGACCGCGGUGGCUUUGACAUGGUAUUUGCGAUGUUGUACACGAGCGCCGUGACCGCGGGGCUGCUGCUGGUCAAGUUGGUCAUUAAGGAGCUAGCCGUCCUGCGGGGGAAGUCCAUGGUGGCGAAGCCAAUGUAA